AUGACUAAUAUCCAUACAAUAGUAACACUCUUAUAUAAGAGAAUUUAUGUGCAUGCAAAUUUUGCAUGCAUUGAUUACCUAAAAUAUUUACUCAUUCACCAUAAAAUUAUGUAUAUAAUAAAUUAUUAUGGAAAACAUAUAUCUAAUAUUAAUAUUACCGUGGCUUUAAGUUUGAAAAGACAUUUAAUAUUUAAAAUAUUUCAAUUAUCCUUUUUAACCAUUAAAAUAUUUAAAAUGAAUACAAAAUUAUACAGCCUGUUUGUUUUCAUAUAUUUAAUAAUAGUUUAUUGUGCUACUGUUCAUGGAAAUAAGAACGACAAUGGAAAAAAUAAUGGAAAUGGACUAAGUUUUAUCAAAAAGAUAUACCAAAAUGACAAUAAUAAAGACAAUAAACAUGUGCAAAGAACUGGUGAGGAUGGUAUAGGUACUUUUGAUAUUAAAUAUUUAUAUAAAUGUUUCUGUUAUGUCUAUAUACAAGUUAUCCAAAAUUGUGUAAAUACAAAAGUUUGUAUCCAAUGUAAAUGCUUACAUAAUAUUAUAUAUCUCUUUCAUAGUCCUCUUAUUUUAUUUUAUUACAUGAAAGUAUUUAAAUGGUUUUUAAUAUAUUUUUUAUUGAUAAUAAUACUAUGCAUUAUAAAUAAUUUUUGUUUUAUUAAUCCUUCAGGUGAUGUAAUAGUCGAUAUCCUUAAAAAAGAAUAUGUUGAUCCACAUAUUAUUAAGCUUGUAGAUAUAGUUAAUAAAAAAGAAAAUAAACUAAAAAAGAUCAAUGAAAGAAAACAUAUAUAUCAGCUAUUGGCCAUGAGUUUAGGUGCAUUAUUUAUUUCCAGACUUAUAUACGAUAUUAAAGGACAAUAUAUGAGCAGCAUCGAAAAUCCGAAUUCUAUGAUUAAUAAAUUAAAAAAUAAAUUAACUACUAAGAAAACAAAGUUAUAA